AUGAAUAAUAAUAUAUCAUCCUGUUGUCUAUUAUUAGUAUUGUUAAUAGCAUGUAGCACUAUUAUGGUGACUGCUGAGCUUGAUGGCUCAGCCACCUACUACCUAUACACAAAGACCAAGUCCAAAUGUUCAGAUGAUUCCAAGACAUGCGCAAGGUACUUCUUCCGAGAGCUCAACUCCGUGCUGGACUGGAUCCCCGUCAUCAACAUCGAAUAUGAAGCGCGUCUCAACUCAUCGCUAGUGGCCAGUGCCGCGGACAAGACAGUGAUCGCGCUCGGAUUCUUUAAAGAGAUGAGUAUCGGUGGCGACCCAUUCCGAUCGUUCAAGAUGAUCCACGCCUUUAGAUUGAUGCCACAGAUUGCAAACUCCACCAUUCCUCCCGACACUGGCGUGUUCUUCACGAUGACUGGUGGCGAGUCGCCGGGCUCCAAGUGCAAGAACUGUUACGCGGGCACACAGCUCAACAGCAAGACCAACACAGUGUCCUACGUCAACGUGACCAACCCUUACGACAAGAUUGCCACUCUGGACAAGACGUGGCUCGAGUUCACCUUGACGCAGGGUCUGCCCAUGACAUCGGUGCUAAGCAUUGGCCAGGACAAGAAGACCAAGAGGAACAUCUUGCUCGGUAUCUAUAUCAAUGUGCAGGAUCCGGACCAGCCAUGCCAGAACAAUGACCCGGUGUAUUGUCCAGAUGGUGAGAUGGCAGUGUUCCAUCGUGAUCCAAGGAGAUGCUACGUCAGUGACAAAUGUGUCAAGGCUGGCAAGUGUGCCAAGGCUACCACCGCCAAAUGUCCGACCAACUACCGUCUCACCAGCUUCCCAGCCCUGCCAGAUGGUUGUCUCAAGCACUUUUGUGAGCCCAACUUCUUGGUCAAGACUGCAUACAAAGUACUAAAUCAU